AUAUAUAUAUAUAUAUAUAUUUGUGCACCAAUAUUUAACGAAAAUUAACAUCUGUUUUUUAUCUACAGUGGUGUCUUGAAAGUCAUUGGUGUUUGGGCUAGUUUUGGAUUGUCAAAAUUCUAAAUGUCAAACUCCAUGACUAUUUCUCUCAUACAAUGUAAACUUUAAGGGGACAUAUACCCAGAUUUAGGUUGAAAAAGAAGUUAUCCAUCAAUCUACAUGAAAUUUAUUGUGUACACUGAUAUACUGAUUAUGUACAAAUGUGGAAGUUUCAGAAUGGUACUGUAAAAGGAAAAAAUGAAAAAAAUAUAUUAGCUAGAAAUCAUAUAAAUUUUAAUCUAACUUUGACUCACUACUCCUCCUAAGCAAAUAAAUAUAUGGUAAUUUUAAAAAUACCAGUGAAUAUAGCAACUAUUCACAAUUGAUUCUCAGGGACUACUUUUGCCAAAUGUGUUUUUGCUCAAGAAAAAAAUAUGAAGCAGUAACAUUUUCCAUGCCAUGUUAAAAACAUAUAGAAAUGGGUGUAAAAAAUAUGAAUAUUUCUUCUAUUAAUAAUCUGCUCCUGGAGAGUUGAAGAAAACUUAAUAAAGAAAACAAUGCAAAAAGAAUGAAGUAAAUUGCAUGAAUACUAAUGGAGGAGUAGGAGUUUAAAGGUGAAAAACUUGCAACUGAGAUAUUGGCCAUUUUCUAUCAGUAUCCACCAGCAGCAUACUCCACCUCUUCUGAUCUUCUUAUUUCCCACUUUUCUCUUCCAUGGGCUGUUCAUACCCUUAUCCUUCUUUGUCAGGUACUUCAGCAUUGAUGAUAAUGAUUUAAUUCCCAUAGAGUCAGCUAAAUACUCUCUAGAUAGCCAACAUUGAAAAUGGAGACCGCUGUCGCUGUCACAGAGUCCACCAUCCUCUUGGUUGCAGGGCAGUGCUUUGGACAUUGUCUCCAAAUCCGUGAAUGGAUGUGCUCAUUUCAAUUUUGUGUCAGUCCCCUCAUACACUUUGGCAUCAUUUCUUCACUUGUCAUCCUGUCAUACACUGCCUUCACUUGUUUUACCCGGUCAUCAGUCAGGUGGAAAGACACUUUCAUUUUUUUUCAUAUGACACAGGUGUUUCUCCACAUGCCAAACUCUUGUUAUAGAAACACCAGGAACCUCUGCCUUUUAUACAUUUUUCAUGUGGUGGUUUGUGAUCUGUUGACAUGCAGUUAUAUAACACUGACAGUAUCUUGUUCCUCAUCUCUUCUGCAUUUGUACCAACCUUUCUAUUCAUGCUAACAUGAAAAUAGUACUCAACAUUGUUUAUAACUAUCAGUUAGCUCAUGUUUGCCUCCCAUGCCUUUUCCACUCUUUCAACCCAUGUAGUGCAGUACUUAUGUUCUUUUGAACAUUAUUUAUGCAUUCUUCCUUUUUCAUCUGUCUGAUCAGCAUAAGGACCUUGACCACCAUUCAUUCCACGAACUGCAAGGUAGGUAGAACUGCCCCAUCGGUUAAAAAAAAGUUGUGUAUAACGUAUUACAAUCCUUUGAUCGUCGGUGGCAAGUGGGGGAGAGGUCCGACAGCAGAGGUGGAGGGAGGUGAGUCAGCUAGGGUUGCCGACUCGACUUUCCUCCUCUUUGAUGCUGUUUCUGUGGCAAUUGUUGCAUGCUUUCUUCUUAUAGCUUUGCUCUUCUUUGGUCCUGGUAUGUUGACUUUGUUGGGAGCCAGAUAGAUAGUUGUGGGUGGUAGUGGUGCGAAAUAAGCAGAAUUGAAAAAGCCACUGCGAUUGCGCAUCACCCCAUCCUACGACAGCCCAAGGUCUAUCGGAUGUGUAUGCCGCCAGCCUAAGGCAGGCCGCAGCCUGAACUGGCAGUUGCCAGAUCUCUCCUGAAAAUAACAAAAAAUCGCAAAAAAAAAAAAAAAUCAUAUAAAAAAAAACAUGAGCUGUCAUGCAAUUUAAAUGGCCAGCUGAGGGCAUGGCAUGUUUACAUUUGGCCCUUUAAAUGGUCUACAAAAUGUUGCAUCACCAUGAAACUCCUGAAGAUUGUCCCCAGAGUAUCUGUUUUUCAGUGUACUUAACUCAAUUUCGUGUUGUGGUUGACUUUUCAUCGAAAAAUAUUGGUAUACCUCCCCUUAAACAAAUGGUUAGGUACAGUUAGGUUCCAACCCUUAGACCUCUCAGACCCUCACAAAAGUCAAUUUGCAGCUACCACCUCUUGAGGAUGAAGAGGUGCCCCAUGCUGAUACCAACCCUGCUGUGCUGAGGAGGGGUUGACAUGCUUCAGGCAGAAUUGUGUAGCAGGAACUCAUACAAAACUUCUUCCAGCAAUGAAAUUGCUGAUGUGAGGCAGCAGUCUGCUGCAAAGCCUGCACUCCCUGCCUUAGAGCUUCCCCUUGUUCCUGCUGCACCAUAACCAGCAUGUCCAGGCUGUGCUGCAUGUCCCACUGUGUCUACAUGGCUUGAAGGAGAAGCUCAAGCUCUGAGCAACGACCUGCAAUAGAUUUAAGAAAACAUGACUUUUACUACAAUUUACAAAAUAAAUGCUGGUGGUGGUGAUGGCUGGGGAGCUGCAGGUGGACAGGGAAAGGCAGAUGGCUGGGGAGUGGCAGCUGACUGGCGAGCUGUAGGUGGCUGGGGAGCGUCAGCUGAAUGGGGAGCUGUAGCUGGCUGGGGAGCGCCAUUUGACUGCAGAAGUGAAAGCACCUGCAGAGCUGCAGGUGGCUGCCUAUCAUCUGAAUCCUGGGAGCUGAAGUAAUAUACAAAUGAUGGUUAAAUAAAUUGUUUACAAAUGUAAUGCACAAAUGCAAGGCAUUUAAUUAGCAUAUUAACUGACCGUAAUAAAAAUAGACACAUGAAAAAGUAUGGCACAUGUGAUAAAUGUAUGUACAGUUUUCGUAGCUGUGUACCGAAGAAGAAAAAUUAAAUACAUGUAAACAGGGAACAAGUAGCAUAGUUAUUCACCAUUGGGUGACGUCAUCUGGAACAUAGAUGACCUUAAAAGCUGUGUCAUCAUCAAGGUUGAGGACUUAAGAUGAUGCCCCUGCAGCACCACUACAUCCAGAGGUCCCAGCAACACCAGUAGAUGAUAGUUGGAUAAUUCCACCACCAUUGCUGGUGGAUGGCUUUGGGCCUUGCAGGGGGCCAGACACUCCUGAAAAGAAAGAGAGAGAAAAAAAAAAAACUUACAUUAUUACAGGGAAAAAUAAACUAGUAUUUUGCAAUGGCUGUUUUUUCAAAUUUAUGUUUAUUACAUUAUUUUAGUUUACUUACGCAAAGUGACAUCCUGGCUUUCUGGCAUUGGUAGCCCUACAAUUGCUGUAGGAGACAGCAUUCAUAGGACUACCAGCUCAGUAUCAGUGUAGCAGGUUUCGUCUGGAGGUCCCCCACCUGCAUGGAUAUGAAAGUUGCAAUUAUCAGCCAGUCAGAAACUCCCAUGUUAAGCUAAAUCCACCUGCUAUAAUUCUUCGGUAUAUUUCUGAUCAUUUUGAAGUUUUUAAGUGCUGCAGUGUUCACUGUUUCAGACAUGACUGCCACAGGUAAUGUACACACUCUUAUUUAUAAUCCAGUGCAUAGCAGAUUCUUGGUUAUGGUUAUCAAAUAUCUGUGUAAAUUUCACAACAGCACCAACAUUAAAUCACAUGUACACAAUAGAAAACUACAGUAAAAUCCCUCUCAUCCGGCAUCAACGGGACCGCCGACAUGCCGGAUACUUGAAUAUUGCUGGAUACUUGAAUAGAAGUGAAAUUAUGUCCACAAUCACCAUCCUACACUCACGCAUCUUACCAUAACAAAGAUCAGCUGAUCUUAAUCAGCAGCUGAUCUGAUCAGCUGCUUAAGUAUAAGCACAACACGCUUCCUCUUUUCUACAACUUUAGGCAUGAUGAAGGCGUCAGGCGAUAAACAGGGCACACGCGGGACUGAGUCACUGAGUAAACACAGUGCAGUGGGCCGCGGGUGGCGUGAAGCAGUGCGCUCUGGUGACGAGGAGACAAAGUAGGCCUCGCGUGGGAAUUUUAAUCGAUUUUAUGAGUACACUUUGAUUUUUUUAUUGAUUUUUAAGGCUCGGGGAAAAAUGUGCCGGAUACUUGAAGCUGCCGGAUACUCAAAUGCCGGAUGAGAGGGAUUUUACUGUAUUGCUAUACAACUGGAGGGGUUUUAAGCACUCAUGUCAUCAAUCUAACCUAGCUAAUCUACCCUUACCUAACUCACCCUUAAAGAUGUAAAACAAAUAUUUUAAAAUAAAAUGUUUCCAGCUGUUUAGGUCCCAAAGGGUGAGCAAAAUGAAAUUUUCUUAUCUCCAAUCAUGCAACAAAGUCAUUUGAAAAAUUUUGUCAUUACUAAAAGCAAUGUCCAAAAAUUAGUUAUCUUAAUUCUGCAUGCAAUGUGAUUGGCAUGACCAACAAACUCACCAGUGCCUGCAGCAUGACGUUCUGCUGCUGCCUUUGUCUUCACUUGACUCCUUAAGUCCCUGUACUUUUUCUCAGUUCUUCCGAUGUCCUAGACACUUGGCUGACUGAAUUUGCAAGGACAGUUGCCUCCUGCCAAGCUCUGUUCUUUGCGUCUACAGUGAUUUUUCCAUCCUGCUUUCCCAUAAUCACCGCAGCCUGCCUCUCCACCUCCCUCACCAAGACUAAUGUCUCAGUGUCAGUGAAGCGAGGUCUUCUUUUCUUGGUGGGAGGUUCACUGGCCAUAGCUAAUGCAGUGAGGACUGGAGACUGGUGAUAUGUGACUGUGUGGAAGCUUGGUGCUGUAUCAAAGUUUGUAAACAAUGUCAUGUGACUCCCUUAACGAUGACACAAAGCUUUCUUAUGACUGGCUGCCUUGCAUGUGACAUCAAGUCAGUGACGUAUCAUCCCAGCCAGCCAAUGAGCACUCUUAGACACAUUAGCAACACUCAUCCUCCAACCCCUACAAGUCUUUGUGGAUACUAUUGCUCGGAUGUCGCUAAGGUGUUGUGAGAGUGGUCGGUCACAGAGGAUCUCAUUAUUAAAGAUGCGCUAGUGACAAGCUUUGUGGAUUCGGCCCCGAAAAUAGCAAAACUUGGCAGUAAACAAAGAAGUACAUGACUUUACUUUUUUCUCCACCCUGGCUAUGGGUGUAGCCCCUCUUGGACCCCACUUAAGGACACUGAUCUAACCUAGCAUUAGCUAUCCUAACAUUACAUAACCUAACUAACCAGGGAGGCUUCACCCCCCCUGGACCUGUUCUCCCCCACAUAUUUAUGUAUUAGUAGGUUUGGCUGGUCCAUAAGGGCUGGUGAGUUACAAGCCUCCCUGUCUCAGCCUUGCCAGGCAGAUGAAUGAUUCAUCCAUAGAAUUCAUUUUAUACAAAUACGUAAUAUCAUAUAUUCCAUUCAGUAUUUUUUUAAUUGUUUUUCCUAUAAUUUUCAAACGCAAAAUACUAUCAGGUUUGAUAAAUUAAUUACAGGGUAAAACACUUCUUCCAGGAUUGGUACAGCGCCAGCUGGGACCAGAUCCACGAAACAGUUGCUACUUAACAAACCGCGAUCAGUGCCCAUUAUCAACCUACGGCUACCAAAUGGUAUCCACAAAUGCAUAAGAGGUUGCUGUUGCCAUGGUAGCAAGGUUGAUAAGUUACACCACCUCCCGAGGUGGUGUAAGUUACAUCACCUCACAUGAAAACUCUUACAUGAAUAUUUAUGUGCACAAAACAUUUUUUUAAUCGUUUAUAAGCUUUACCACCAGGAAAGCAUGGUUUUGUGAUGCAUAAAGUGAAAUCUUGCAUGGAACACAGAAAAUAAAGCAGGAAAAGGAAGAGGUUGAUUUGCCCCACAUGUGCACACUCCCCACUCCACCUCACAGCAAGAAGAGCUAAUCCUCUUGUUUGAGGAGAAGCAGCCUCAGCUGGAGAGGAGGGCAAGGUGUAGCCACACAUUACCAACUCAGAACAAGGUUUUGCUGGCCCUGAGAUUGUUUGCCAGUGGGUCCUUCCAAAACAUCAUUGGAGACACCGUAGGACUUACACAAGCAUCAGCAGGGUCUUCGAGUGUGUGUGCACUGUGUUGAGUGAUAAGUUGGUGCAGGAAAUCAAGAUGCCUCCAACACACCUUGAUCAAAGGAAAACUGCACAACAAUUCUUCAGGAUCAAAAAUUGAUGGGCCAUUGAUGGCAUCCACAUUGCCAUCAAGGCCCCGAGUGUGGAUGAGACCCUCUUCUUUAACUGGAAAAGGUAUCACUCCCUGAACACCCAACUUGUUUAUGAUGCAAAUGGAGUAAUCCUCACCUACUGCUUCAGAUUCCCUGGUGCUACACAUGAUGCUUUUGUGUGGAGCAACUGUAAUCUGAAGCAGCAGUUUGAGAGAGGGGAAUUUGGUGAUUUCCUGCUCAUUGGUGAUAGUGGGUAUCCCCUUGAGUCCCAUCUCAUGGUGCCCUUGAGCAACCCCACCACUGAUGCAGAGCACAGAUACAACAGGGGCCAUGCACAAACUAGGGUCAUUGUUGAGCAGACCAUUGGGAUAUUGAAGAGUCAUUUCAGCUACCACCUCUUGAGUAUGAAGCAGUGCCCCAUGCUGAUACCAACCCUGCUGUGCUGCAGAGAGGUCGAUGUGCUCCAGGCAGAAUUGUACAGGAAAAAAUCAUACAAAACUUCUUCCAGCAAUGAAAUUGUCAAAGUGCCUGGAACAUGUCUUUUACAGCCACCUCCUGCUCCUGCUGCACCAUCACCAGCUCGUCCAUGCUCAGACGAAUCUGCUGUUGGGUUUCCUGUGCUUGAGAGAGAACUUCCAACUCUUACAGAUGAUACAGCAUUGUCAAAUCCAGAGGCCCCUGUGGACCCAGCAACACCAGCAGAAGAGGGUUGGAUGGCUCCAACACCACUGCUGGUGGAAGGCAGUGGUCCUUCCAGAGGCCCUGACACUUCUGGAAAAACAAAAACAAAGUGCUUUCAUUACUGCAGGCUAUGGCAGUCCUGCAAAUGCUGUGGGAGACAACAUCUGCAGCACGACCAACUCCACAGCAGUGUAUGUUGUCUCAUCUGGAGGUCCCCCACCUGCAUGGAUAUGAAUGUUGCAAUUAUCAGCCACUUAGAAGUCCACAUGUAAAGCUAAAUCAACUAGGUGUAAAACAUGAAUGUAUUAAAGCAUAUUGAUGUUAUUUAACACUGCAGUGGUCACUGUCUCAGACCUGACUGCCAGAGGUACUGUACAUACUCCUGUUUAUAAUCCAUUGCUUAGUUAGUUCUUAGUUAUGUUUAUUGACUAUAUAGGUAAAUUUUGUAACAACAUCAACAAUGAAAUACAAGUACACAAGAACAAA